AUGAACAACGACACGCGCCAAGCCUCCGGGCCUGGUAGCAAGUCAAAGCGGCGAUUGACUGACGUCGAGGAAAAUAGCAAGCAGAGUCCUGCUGCAGAUGAUUUCGCCUCUAACCCCAAACGCCAACGUGUCUCCCGGGCUUGCGACAGCUGUCGCUCCAAAAAGGACAAAUGCGAUGGCGUGCAGCCCGUGUGCUCGACUUGCGCCUCGCUCUCGCGGCCCUGCACCUACAAGGCCAAUCCUAAAAAACGAGGCCUUCCGACCGGCUAUAUUCGCACCCUCGAGUUACUAUGGGGACUGGUCUUCAAUAAGAUUCAAGGCAGUGAGGAGGUGGUGCGCGCCUUGUUGAAGGCGGCCAAUAUUCCCAGCCAUCUGGCGACGAUGGGCAAGGAGGCAGAGGGAUCCGAUACCUUAUUGUCGUCGUGGAAGAACAGCAUCGUCCUGAGAGAGAUCGAGCGACUGUUGACGUUUUUGGAACAACCUGAAGAGGACCAAGCAGGUCGUUUACCGGGCGAGAGUGAUUCCCCGCAAGAUGCUGAAGGAAGCAGCGUCUUGUCAGCGGAAGCGCUGGAGUGGAAUCUUCCAGACGUGUUAGGCGAAGGGCGAGAAGGGUCGUUGGCGGUGGUGUCUCCUAUCAAGACCCCGUCCGCGGUAUCGACAGCUAAGGCAUCCGGAGUACGGAUUACGCGGGACUCUGCGACUCAAACGGCUACAACCAACGAUUUAGGGGAGGAUGUAUCGAGCCUGUCGCUGGGUAGGUUGGCGCAGCGCCCGCCCGACCAGGCCUCGCUUCCCAUUCCUAUCCCCCAACUCCCCUCGAACGCCUGGCCCUUGUUAGACAUCUACUUCUCCUACACACAAUGCUGGUUUCCUAUCCUUGAAAAACACGAUAUUUUACGAACAGCGUUCCGUCAUAAUGAAGACGACGCUCAAAUCUCCGCCACCUCUCCAGGUUCUGGCGAUUACGCCGCGCUGUGGGCGGUCCUAACGCUGGCCUCCAUCCAGGAGGCCUCGAUUUCCACCACGCGUCAACUGAACGAUUUUGCUGGUGAUCGUCCUGAUCCAGCGCAGCUGUACGCCACGGCUAGACGCCUCAUACCCGAGGAAAACGGGAACCACGAGCUCGGUCACGUGCAGGCAUUGCUGAUUCUGUCACUGGUAAAGCUAGGCCAGCAGGACUGGUCAGCAGCAUGGCUACUAGUCGGACAGGCUGUUCGCAUUGCUCAGAGCCUUGGGUUGAAUCAAUCCACGGGGCAGUCGAAGAGCGCGGAGGAAGGUAAAAGUGCACCACGGUCUAAGCACGUUUUCCUGGGAUGUUUCAUCUUGGAGACAUUGGUUGCGAUGCAGACGGGGCAGGUGCCAUCGCUGCGCAAGGCAGAGCUCAUCAAGAUUGGUCCGAUUAACGAAGACGGGUUGGAGGAGUGGCACCCGUGGGAGGACCAGACGGGACUGCGCCCAGUCGAGCCGUCGCGCGCUUCAUUCCACCGCGGACCUCUCCACGCCUUGAGCACAUUUAACCGACUCACUUCGCUGAUGUGUAUUCUGAACGACUUGUGCUGUUUGAAACAGACGACAACCGGCCCCAUCGCACACUUGGAGGCGCUGGAGCGACAACUCCAACUCUGGGUGUCGGCACUCCCAAAGAGCUAUCGCGUUGAUCUGCAGACGACACCGAUCAAGGUGGCUUCCCCACACAUAUUUGGGCUGGAGAUGAUGUACGAGAGCGUCGCUACGAACCUGAGCCUGCAAUUUGCGUUGCAGCGGAGCGACCGCAACAUGUCCGAGAUGCCGCUGAAGAAGCGUGCCACGGAGAGCUCAAAACGGUUGCUCCAGUUACUUCAGACAUACAUGGAGAACUACAGUCUUUCUGCCACUUGUCCUACGUUUGGUCUGGUUCUCACAAGUGGUCUGUCACCGGCCGGAGAACGAGCGGCACCGCUGCCCUUUGAACUGGACCCCGGCCUCAAAAGUAAACUUCAAUCUUUUGCUGCACAUUUGGCGACCGUCUGGCAUAUCAAGGACAGGCCUGACACGACCUUACCGGAGAAGACUCCGGACCUGCCCGCAUCGAUAACACCUGCACCCGCCCGACCGAGAAGCCUAUCCAACCGGGAUACGGGUCCGCUUCACGCUUUCGCUCAGGCUCCGCUGGGCGCGGGCGAGCCGGCACGACGAGUGAGCAUGCUGGAGGACAACCGGACCAACAUAGCCACACCAGAUGCCUUCUUUUCGAACGGGUGGAUGCGAACACCCACGGUCGAUGACAAUGUGGCACUAUCUAUUCCCACUCCUGCCCCGUCACUGAAUAUCAACCAAAGCGGCGAGACCGCCCACCCUUCCUCUCAACUCAAAGAAUCUGUUCCUCCUAACCAUUUGUCUCACCAUCCUCGCUCCUCCAUCUCCUCUACGAAACCAAUCAACGGUACAGGCACACCACUGAUGCCGGACCUGACCUCGCCUUUCCACACCACUGCACCACAGUACCCACCUCCAUACGGUGAUACCAGUCUCAAUUUGGGAUCAUUUGUCGACAUUGACGGAUACGGGCCGCCGCGACGACCGCGGAUUGCACCGGACUUGGACGCGUUGUUUGACGAACUGGCGUCGCUGGAUGGGACUGAAAAGACGGACAAUCAGCCUGAGUUUAUGCAGAACCUCGGGUUUGUGCCCGAGGCGGGGGUGCCGGAGCUGUACUCGUACUCGAGCCAAGUGGAGCCGUUCCUUCUGGCGCAGACGCAACAGCAGGUACCAUGCGAGGUGGGCGGGGUCCGACGGGGGUCGCAAGCAGAGGGAAAGAGAUGA